AUGCGUGGUCAGCAAGACGAUGACACUUCCACGAAAGUGCCGGCUUCCGCGUAUCCGGAAAGAGAAAUAGACAGCGCGGCUACUACACUAAUCGCCAGCGCAGCGUCGUCGAAGUCCCACAGCUUCGAUGAACGGCGCAAGUAUGCGGAUAUAGAGUUGGAGAAGUUCGACGCAAAGACCCUGCGUCGCGACGAAGCGGAUGAGCGCUUACUGGACCAUGAGGACGAUGACGAUGAAAGGCAUGAGCACACGCUCGCGGACGAAACGGCAACCUUGUUGAACACCAUCCCAGAAGCGGCCGAAACGGCACGAGUCGACGAAGGGGAGCCGCCGGCACCACCACCAUCGACCGACAAGAAACGAGAUGGACCGAUCUCAUGGUCUGCCCUCCCGGCGAAAGACCAGCUUGCGAUCCUCACGCUCGCACGGUUGGCCGAGCCGCUUGCGCAGACGAGCUUGCAGGCAUACAUGUUCUACCAGCUCAAGUCCUUUCACGCUCCCGGUCAGCCUCCGCCGUCCGACGAUACCGUCGCAAGACAAGCGGGCAUCCUCUCCGCCUCCUUCGCUGGCUCGCAGUUCUUAACAGCCAUCAUUUGGGGUCGCCUCGCUGAUAGUGCUUGGUUUGGCCGUAAGCGCGUGAUCUUGAUUGGCGUACUCGGCACCGCAAUUGGGACCGUAGGUUUCGGCUUCUCCAGCAGCUUCGCAAUGGCGGUCUUCUGGCGAUGCAUGGGUGGCAUGCUGAACGGGAAUAUUGGAGUCAUGCGGACCAUGAUCAGUGAGAUUGUGCGGGAGAAGAAGUACCAGAGUCGUGCGUUCCUGCUCAUGCCUAUGACGUUCAACAUCGGCGUGAUUAUCGGACCGUUGCUGGGUGGGCUGUUGGCGGAUCCAGUGGGCAGCUACCCUCAUCUGUUUGGUGAGAAUGGAGGAGGCUGGUUGCGGACCUGGCCGUAUGCGUUGCCGAACGUGGUGAACGCUGUCUUCUUGUUCUGCGGCGCCAUGAGCGUGCUGCUCGGUUUGGACGAGACGCACGAGUCGCGCAAGGAUAAGCCGGAUUUCGGCCGUCGGGUCGGAAAGUGGAUUGCUAGAAGUGUGUUCCGACGGAGACACGAGCAAGCGUACGAAGCACUUGCCGGGCACGAGACUGCUGCGGAGGAUAUCGAGCUGGAAGCGGCGCGCAUUAGCCACACCAAGCCUCCUCCGAGUGUUCGCCACAGACUGCCAUUCCGCCGUAUCUGGACUACCAAUGUGCUGUUCACCCUUGUCGCUCACGGCUUACUGGCUAUGCACGUCGGUACCUUCAACAACAUAUGGUUCGUCUUCCUCUCAACGCCUCGCUAUUCGCCAGGCACUACGAACAACGACGGUAACAGCACGACGCUGCAUCUCCCGCCGGGCUACCACCAACACUUACCCUUCACUUUCACCGGCGGCCUAGCGCUGCCCCCUCCCAGUAUUGGCACCUCUCUAGCGAUCCUCGGCGUCAUCGGCAUUAGCUUGCAGCUUUUGCUCUACCCAACAUUGAGCUACAGACUCGGCACGCUUACAAGCUUCCGCGGCUCGCUUCUACUCUUCCCCUUCUCGUAUCUACUCGCGCCUUACCUCGCCAUGAUCCCAUCCAUCAACCCGCCACCCGGCCAAGCCAGUGGUGCGCUAGUCUGGAUCGCAAUCACGGUCGUGCUGCUGAUUCAGGUGACGGCGCGGACAUUCGCACUGCCUUCCACCGCCAUCUUGGUGAACAAUAGCUCGCCUCAUCCGUCUGUCCUGGGUACAGUGCACGGGAUUGCGCAAACGGUGAGUUCGGCGACGAGGACGGUAGGCCCGGCCUUGAUGGGCUGGAUCUAUGGGAUUGGCCUUCAGCAUGGCGUUGUUGGCACGGCGUGGUGGUCUAUGACCGGUAUCGCGGUUGUUGGGGCUUUUGCUUCGUUGUGGGUUAGGGAGGGGAGCGGGCAUGAGAUAUGGCUUGAAGGGGAGAUGGAAGAGGAGGGGAAGGGGUAG